AUGUUUCUCAACCGUUCAGUAACAGAUACGUCGUCAGGCUUCGACUUCAAAGUUUUUAAACCAGCUACUGAAAUCGCUGUGGAAAAAGUUCAGAAAAUGUAUCCCCACAUUAAAUUCACCACCCGCUAUGUGGGAGGAUAUAGCGGUUGUUCAGGACGGGAAGCUAUUCCAGCUGCGGCAAUUGCUGCAAAAGAAGUACUCGAGCAUGGUACAAGAGCAUUCAUGGGUCCAGUCUGUACCUUUCCACUUUUAACAGUUGGAAGAAUGGCAUCGUAUUGGAACAUUCCUAUAUGCACUGCUGGCGGUUCUGGUGGAGAUCUUGGCGAUAAAACAAUAUUUUCUACAUUAAUUCGAGUUGGGUAUAACGUUGAAACAGUUGCCGUUGCCACGUUCAAGUUACUACAGCAUUUUCUAUGGUAUCACGUGUGUCUGAUGUCAGAUGUCAGUACUGAUAUUGAAAUAUACUACAGAGAAGCACUGCAGAUUGAGAUUUUUCAAAGGAAAAAUGAGUUCACAUCAAAAGUGGAAUUAUUUGAUUCAAGAUCUCCAGAUUUCAACAUCGCUAAACAUUUGAAAGGGUGUAGUCAAGUUGCACGUGUGUUUAUACUGAUGACGUCAUACGCCGUGGUUGCUCACAUUCUCACCACUGCUUAUCAUCUUGGAAUGGGUAAGGGAGAGUACGUCUUCUUGACUAGAGAAUUAGUGAGCCUCGAUAUCCAGUUGGGAGACUUGCAAGAAAACUAUGAUGUCAAUCCAGUUUCUCAGAUUCUUCAUUCUCUCCUGGUCGUCUCAGUCCAGGAGCCUGAGGAGAAUGAGUAUAGCAAAUUUACACAAGAAGUUCUGAAACGUUCUAAAGAGGAAUUCAAUAUCUCGUAUAACAGUAAAGCGGUUAAUAUGUUUGUGAGCGCUACCCAUGACUGUGUUCUGCUCUACGCAUCGGGUUUGAAUAAAACUAUAGCUGAAGGGGAAAAUCCAAUUAACGGAAGAGCUAUCGCGCAGAGAGUUUUUGAUUCUGUUACUGAAGGUACAUCUGGAGACCUGUACAUAAACAUCAACGGUGAUCGGGAACCCAACAUGGUAUUAAAAGAUGUUAACAAGGAAACUGGAGUGUUUGAUUUCAAACGUGGUCGAUGGACACAUUACUGUAGCAAUAAUAUUUAUGUCCGCUGA